UAGUAUAGUAAAAGAAAAUACUUUUACCUAUCUUCAAAGCAAUUCGCAAAAAUGAUUCAUUCCGCUGUGGUUAUCAAAUCAAAAUAAAAACAUAGAAAUUGUAAAAGUUUAAACAACUAUAUAAAUUUUGGUCGACUUUAGUAAACCUUUUUUCGAAUCAAUAAAAUAUAUAUUGUUUUGAACAAAAUGACUGGGAGACUACGCAAUACAGUAAAAGUUGAGGCUCUAAUCGAAAAUUGUCGAAGUGAAGGAAAAUGGCAAAAAGUAAUGGAACUAACAGAAGAACUAAAAGUUGGUUCUCCCGUUAAUGAACAUUUGGCAAAUUUUUUGAUUGGAGAAGCUCACUUAGAACUCUAUCUCGAAGAGACCAGUCCAACUGAAAGUAACUUUGCUAAAGCAAGAAACUGUCUGCAGGAGGCCAAAAAACACUUAACGCUGGUGACUGGAGAAAAUGGACAAAAAGCUGGAAUAGCCCUGGAUGCAUAUCUAUUGCUAGCAAAGUUAUGCUAUGCAUGUGGGGAGUACGAAAAAAGUUUACAGAACUUUGUCAAGGCCGAACUAAAUACACUAGCCGAAAAAGAACUUACAUUGAGAAGUCUAAAAAUUCUGGCGGAGUCAUAUGCGAUUAAGGGUCUUUGUUUGGAAAAUCAAAUAAGCAAACCAACAUCGAAGUUUAAGAAAUCAGAAAGAGAGUCUGAAAUGAUAAACUGCUUCGAACGUGCUACUGAUUUGGGAUUACUCUACCUUCAGGAGCAAGAUGUAGCUUCAUUAUCAUCCGCAGUUAAUGCUACAAAUGUAAACAGUGCUGGGUCUGCUGCUGGAGAACCUGGCCGUCGAAUGGGUGCUAUUCUCGAAAUGGCGUUACAGCGUGCUCCUAUUGUACUCAUAAAGGCUGGGAAACUUCAAGAAGCAAUAGAAAGAUAUCGAGUUAUGUUAAAUGCUAUUGAAACUAGAACUACGCAAUCACUUCGACUCACACUUUCACGCCAAUUGGCUGAGGUUCUGCUUCGGGGAGUUUCUGGGACCUUGUAUUCACCACCCUUCAACACACGAAGAUCAAGGGGUAAUAAUCAAGCGAAAAACAUGUGGAAACCAAGAAUGUAUUCUCAUCGUAUUCAAUUUACUCCAAAAAAUCAGCACGAAGAGACAAUUCUGUUGUUACUUGUAGCAGAAGCAUUAGCUGUUCGCGAUACAGUGCUUUCACAAAGUCCAGAAUUCCGUGCAGCUCGCUCCCAUGCAAUGGGUAACGCUACAGCUGUUUAUGAUCUUCUUACUUUGGCCGCCGUUCGAUGGGGUCUUGUUUACUUGCUCAACGAAUCAUUCGAAAAGGCGCUUAAAUUUUCAUUUGCCGAAUCGCACGUGUGGCGGCAAUAUGGAUUAAGUUUAAUGUCAGCAGGGAAACACAUGCAUGCAUUGCGUGUUUUACAAGAGUCUUCUAAGAUUUCUCCUACUGAUCCGUUUUCUUGUUUGAUGAAUUCACGUCUAUGUUACGAGUCACUGGGUUUGUUUCAGGAGGGCUUGAAAUUUGCCCAACAAGCCUUACGAAAUGAACAGAAAGGGUAUAAAAAUACAAGGGCACAGUUGUACGUUGGAAUAGGCUACCAACAACUUGCUAUUGUAUCAAACAUGAAAUCCGAACGCGAUAAAUAUGAGAAACUAGCCACUGAAGCGCUUGAAAAAGCAGUUCAAGCCGAUAAUAAUGAUCAUUUAGGCGAAUAUUAUCUAGCUCUUCAGUAUGCUUUAAUAAACAAUAUUUCAGAAGCAUUAGUACAUGUCCGUAAUGCCCUUUCCUUGCGCACAGAACAUGCACCCAGUUUACACUUGUUUUCUCUUUUGCUCACUGCAAGUAAGCGGCCUAGGGAAGCUCUAGAAGUUGUGGAGAAUGCUCUUAAUGAAUUUCCUGAUAACUUAAACCUGCUUCAUGUAAAAGCCCAUUUACAAUUGUAUUUAGAAGAUGCAGAAACUUCCCUCAUUACUGUUCAAAGAAUGUUAAAUAUUUGGCGGGAAAUUUAUGAAACCCAGAUUGCCGGACUUGAUAACAAUGAGUUGGAAAAACAAUCUGAUACGAGAAGUAUUGUACAUGUUCAUAUUUCUCAGAUGUCGGACAAAGAUUCAAAUUCGAUAUAUGCGACAUCGUUGAUACCAGUAAAUCGUGUGGAACAAGCCCUGAGUGAAGCUGCUAGUUCAUUGAGUUCGUUUAGUCCACGCAUGGGAAAUCAUAAAUCUUGGGUUAUUCAACUUAGGAUGUGGCUUUUACUUGCUGAUGUUUAUCUAUCAAUUGAACAACCAAAUGAGGCAUUACACUGUGUCCAGGAGGCAGCUCAGCUUAAUCCGCAAUAUUACCAAAUUAUGUUUAUGCGUGGUCAAAUUUGCAUAUACCUACAGCAAUGGGCUGAUGCAAAACAAUGCUUAAUAAAUGCUGUUGCUGCUAAUCCAAAUCACACUGAUGCAUUGCGAGUGUUGGGAGAGAUUCAUCACAUUCUAGGUGAACCUCGUCUUGCCGAAAAAGUCUUAAAAGACGCAACAAAACUUGAUCCAAAUUGUCCAAAAAUAUGGUAUAGCUUAGGAAAAGUAAUGGACUCCUUAGGUGAUUUUGCUGUCUCAGCCGACUGUAUAGCUGCGGCCCUGCAGCUUGAACCAUCGUGUCCUGUGCUUCCAUUUACCUCAAUGACAUUAGCCUUUGAUUAAGCUCUUUAUUAUUGUGUAAAUAUAAAAGAAUGUUGUUUCCAUUCCAUUGUUGUCCGUUAAAUCGUUUUUUACUAGACGCCUGAUAAUUUUUAUUGUCAAAUUAUUAAAUGUUAUUUAAAUAUUUAUUUAUUAAAAAUUGUUUUGAACGAA